UUCCCAUUGUCUCCCCUUUUCACUCUUUGAAGACAACCCCGAGACGACAAAACUAAACUUAGCCCUUAUUCCGUCCAUAUCGCCUUUAUAACGUUACGUUUAGAGACUUACCUCGACCUGAAAUUUCACCCUGUCCCUCUCCGUACGAAACGUGGACAUGCUUUCUGUGUUUUUUGUGUCUCUCUCUUUUUUUUUUUAACAUUGUAGAGAUUUAUUCGCUGUACCGGAGGAGGCAGUGAAUGAACCGACUAACGGCUGACGGGGACUGACAAAACGGCGGUUGUGUUGUGGAGCUGAUGGGAAGAUGAACCGGAGGAGGAGGACUUACUAGCCAAACAGAGACACCGAAAUCAGCUUCUAGUGGCUGUUGACAUAUCACAACAUCCUAGCAACAAUUUGACUCACCAUUUUUCGAGGGGAUAAAAAAAAAAAAAUCAGGGAAAAAAACUAAGACACUGGAUUUCAACUGCAGGUUUGGAGAUAAAAACGUUGUGUUUGGUUACGGUGUGAAUGAACAGUAGAGGAUGUUGCCGCUACAUGCCCGUGACUUCCCCUGAGAGGAGAGGAGCUGGUCUGUGUAAGGAGGCAGGGACCACUUUCACUUGUUUUCUCCACCCUAAAACAAAUUAGGCUGUUUCAAUCAGCCAAAUCCAAGUGGCGCUUAAUCGGAUUAUUAAACAAGAGAGUAGCUAAUCUGUUGAAUAUAUCGAUUUAAUCUCCUAAUCUCGCCAUCUCUCUGCUUUUUUCAGUCUUUCAGUAAGUGGCUACAGUACAGGACCGUGUCAAAGAUGGUACUUAUCGAGGCAAUCCGGAGUUUGUAGCCUAGUAGGUGAUAACUGGACAACUGGACCCUUUGUGGACGUAACUGUAGAGUCACUGUAACCUUUGUUUAAUACAGGAGUCCAGUCUUAAAACACAAUAGUUUUACUUAAGACCCACAUUAUCAAAAAUCUGAAUCAGUUCAGUGUUUUUUGCCAAUUAAUCAAAAUGCACCACACUACCUGAUUUUUUUGAGCUACUAAAUUGCCUUCAGUUGCAGAGGCUUGGAAAGGGUCUGCUUUCAUGACUGAACUCCGUGGAUACAUUGAGAACAAUUUGUGGACUUGAAUCAUCCCCAAGGCCCACCUUCCAUCUUUGAUCCCUGACCCCCUGCGUGUUGGAAAUCCAGGGGACCACAUUUCAGGCUCUUAACCUGUCAGCAGCUCCUCCAUUUGAAUGAAGUAGUAGCCUUUCAUUCCCCUGAGCUCCAGCGAGUACAGGGGCUGUGCUCUGUUCUCUUAGGCCGGGCAGCGAGCGCCUCUACCUGGGCUGCCAGCCAGCCAGACGGCCCUCGGGGGGCUUUUGGAUUUUGAAGGGCCAGCUGGAGAUUUGGGAGUUACCCAGAGUUUCUUCACCACGUGGACCACAGGAGAGAGGGAGGAGGACACCAUGGGGUGCUGUAGUGGCAGAUGUACCUUGGCCUUCAUCUGUGGCAUGCAGCUGGUCAGUGUGUUGGAGCGUCAGGUGAUAGAUUUCCUUGGCUACCAGUGGGCUCCCAUCCUGACCAACUUCCUCCACAUCAUUGUCGUCAUCCUGGGUCUGUUUGGCACGAUCCAGUUCAGGCCAAGAUAUGUCACAGGGUACGCAGCCUGGCUCGUAGUGUGGAUGACCUGGAAUGUUUUCAUCAUCUGUUUUUACCUGGAGGUUGGGGAUCUGUCCAGAGACUCUGACCUUGUGCUGACUUUCAACCUGUCCAUGCAUCGCUCCUGGUGGAUGGAGAAUGGCCCGGGGUGCAGGGUGACACCCAUCACCCCUCCCCCUUCCUGGGCACCCGAGGACCACCGAUAUAUAUCUAUAUCUGGCUGUCUGAUGGAUUUUCAGUUCAUAGAGGUGGCUCACUCCUCGCUGCAGAUACUCCUGGCUUUGGUGGGGUUUAUCUACGCCUGCUACGUGGUCAAGCUCAUUUCUGAAGAAGAGGAUAGCUUUGAUUUUAUAGGAGGGUUCGACUCGUACGGUUACCAGGGCCCCCAGAAGACCUCCCACCUUCAACUACAGCCCAUGUACAUGUCAAAGUAAACCCAGGAUAUACUCCAGGAGUGCUGCCUUACCAACCACCACUGCUUAACAUCCUGCUUUUACUACUCCAACUGUCUUUUUUAUUAACAACAACUGAAACACAGACAGGUAGACGAGAUGCAGAAGACUCUAAGAUAUUCUGCGACUUGACCUACAAUUACCCUUAGUACUUUGUCAGAAGGCUUCCCUGAUCUGCAUGUCUGUUGUUUUUAAAUGCAGUUAGGUGUGUUCCUGAUGAAACACUGGCCUCGUGUGGUUGAACAUGGUAACUGCAGGACAUAUGCUUUUGUCUGACUCUGAGGGACACAAUCUGGCGCCAGUGACUCGCCUCCUCCUGUGCUGUUUGCUAUCUACAUUGUGAAGGAAAGCAAAGGGAUGCAAAGACUCAUUGGUGACGUGUUUCUUCCAGUGAGAACUUAUGGAUUCCUGCCGUCAGAGAAAUGUUAACAGGGAGCCUUGUUCCUUCACGCUACUGCAGAAAUCAUUUGCUUUCUCAAGUGUUGUGGUAUCUAACAGCUCCCAAUUGCAGAUAUGCCUGACCAAAGAGUUAAAAAAAAAAAAAAACAGAGAUGCAUCCGUGUGUACACAAUGGAGCCUGUUUCACCAUCUCUGGAACUCUUUUGCUCAUUGUGCCUGACAGAUUAGACACCGGACUUUAACCAAACUGACCAAGCAUCUCCGAACAAGACUACCGAUCAAGGAAUGUCAGACUUCAUUUUUCUAAGAUUUCUUUAUGGUGCAUUUGGGUAAGAGCGAGUGCAAAGAUGGAGGCUUGAUAUAAGUAUAGACUGGACUCAAGCACGACUACAUGCUACACAUUUUACCCUGUUGUUUCAUCAAAAACUCUGAAUGUUAAAUAACAGUGUGACGCGUAGAUUUACAUAUUGUCAUCACAUAUGUACAUUUGUACAGGAAGCAGACACAGUCAUACACACAGACAGGCAUUAAGAAAUGCAUAUGUGAAUACACACAUGCAUGCACACACAUACUUAUAACAGACCUACCACUUAACUUUUUUACUACUAAUGUGAAUCUUAACAAUGUUUACAACAGGAAUUCUGUCUGUCAGACAGAAAGACUGAACAUUUGACUGACAGGGGCAACAGGUAGAUAGACAGGCAGACAUGGAGGCAGACAGGAGACUCAAGAGAGACACUUUUUAGCUGCAGCAUCCCAAACACCAUGGGAUGUUUUCUUCCAUAUUAAUACAGACAGGACAGUUGUUCCAGAUGUAUUUCUUUGGUCCCUUGCUGUCUAAAUAUUUUGUCUUCCAUCCAAGACAGACAGGUAAAGGGAGAUAGAGACAGAUAGAACAUGACAGAGAAAACAACCACAGAAGAGCGAUUGAGGUCGGGCAACAGUAUCCCAUCACCCUCAGUCCUCUUGGCAACCCCACACCCAUCUCUCUCAGCAGGCAAGUUUUACCCUUUUUUUUAAAAAAAAAAAAAAGAAAAUUAUAUUUAGGAAAAAAUGCUGGAAGCCAGAUAAAGUGCCCAAUCAGCCUUAUCGUCUGCAGCAUCCAGCUCUUUUUAAUAACAGAAAUAGUUCAAAAGCAGUCAAACUCUUCCACAGGCAAUGCUUACACAGAGGAAAAAGACACACCCUUUACAGAAAUGACAAUCACAGUCAAAGUGGCCUGAAUCUUGUCACAGAUUGGCAUUUUUGUAUCAUAAAAAAAGUGACGGAAAGCUGAAAAGUGGCGUCAUCAUCAUGUGGGAGCAGAGAAGCCUCUAAGUUAGACAAUUAUUUGAUGAGUUUUUUUAUUAAUGUUCAUAUAUUGCAACUCAAACCGCUAGUGGAUAACAAAGCUUGGUGAAAGAAAGAAAAAGAAAACAACAGAGGCUGACACUGUAAGCAUCCACCUUCGCCUGCAGACCUACGAGGAGAAAAUGAUACCAGAGGAAUGCCAGAGACUUAGCAGCUGCCCCCUCUCACCUCACUACUCAAAUCUUAAUGUUGAAAGUGCCAACCGAAUCACCACAUGGACAUCUGUAAAGCCUGGUUUCUGAACACCACAGACUGGGACCAAAAAUAAUGGGUCUCAGGUUCACUGUUCUCUGGUUCCCAUGUAAGAAAAAUAGCAAGGAUAUCACAAAUAUUUAAAAAAAAAAAAAAA